UGAUUUUUCUAGCGUUCAACAGCUUGUGUGUACUAUUGGGGCUUUGCAAAGCUACAAAGCCAGACUGUUUGAAACCAUCCCGUCAUUUGCUGAUCAUCUAAUUUUCCCUUGCUGUUCACCAUAGGUCUUGCCGAGACUGCAGUGUUAGAUAUAAUGGCUGCUAAUUUGCAACAGCAGCGCACCAUCAACGAGCAAUUGCGUCGGGAGGUGGGCAUCCCGCGCAUACAGGUCUCGGAGGCCUCCAUGUUGUUGAUGCAAUACGUCAUGGAGCAUGAAAGUGACGACUGCCUGUUGAGUGGCUUCACUAGUCAAAAGGUUAAUCCUUUUCGCGAGAAGAGCUCGUGCAACAUCUUAUAAGUUAAGAUGUGGGAGUGGUGCACACGUUCCUAACAGUAUUAAAAUGCAUACAUACAUACUACAUACCUGGGUAAUGUUUACGUUCUCGCCGCACUCUAAUAGACUAAUACAUAGAAAAAUCUAUAAAUUUAUGUGUGUAUAACCUUUGAUGUUUGUUGUAAGUGUAUUCUGACCUCAAUUAUGUCUAAAAACUGAAUAUACAUACAUACAAAGAUAUACAAUGUAGGCAAAAACUUAUGAAUGUAUAAACAAUUGCAAACCGUCUCAAAUACACUUACAUAUUUAUACAUGUA